UUCUCGUCUAUUAGCCACCGAUACCCACCGUCAACGAUAUCAAUAUCUCCACUCGAUAUUUUCCACAAGAAAAGCUCACCCCAACUGAUCGUCAACUCAACUGGAUGCGAGAUUUUGUCGUAAUCCUCAGAUGCAGGGCUCUGCCCCCGUCUCCAGCAGCUGAAACACGCCACUCCUGUCCUCUACACGUCCACGGCCUUCACACGUACUGAGCCAUGACCACCCAGAGAGAUCUUGAUAUGGUGCACCUGCGCCUCAUCCUGGUCAGUGGAAAAACUCAAGACUUCACUUUCUCCCCGAAUGAUUCAGCCACAGACAUCGCCAAGCACGUGUUUGAUAACUGGCCCGCAGGAUGGGAGGAGGAGAGGGUGAGCAGUCCGAGCAUACUGCGCCUCAUCUUCCAGGGACGCUUUCUUCACGGCAACGUUACCCUGGGAGCUCUAAAGCUGCCAGCGGGCCGGACCACCGUCAUGCACUUGGUUGCCAGAGAGACUCUUCCAGAGCCCAACUCUCAUGGUCAAAGGAACAGAGAAAAAACUACAGAGAGCAACUGCUGUCUCCUCUUGUAAAGCAACAGAAAUGACCCCCCUUUUAGUCCUUUCCCUUCUUCACAUACAUACAUACAUUCACACACAAAACCUCCAUAUAAACAUGCAUACACCUUGAUCUCUCCUGCCUGUCAUCCUGUCAGAUCUGGAUUUAUAAUAAAUCACAGGAAGUUUGGUUUGGGAUGUCAUCCGCUUUGGUUGAACACCGAACCGAGGCUUUAUUUUGUGCCAAUGUGUUGACUUGUUGCCCUAAAACUUAAUUAUUUUUUUAUUUUAUUUUGAAGAUGAUGACGUUAAACAGUACCUACGAUCCCUCACUGACAUGUCCGCUCCUGGACAAGUUUAACAGAGCUGUCAGGAACUCGUCACUCUUCAUGGACACAGAGCCGUUUAAAAGGAUUUAAGGAUUUGUGGGCUACAACCCUUCCCUCAAAGUGACAUGGAUGUUUACCCGGGUCUUACUGAAUGGUUUUAACCCUCUCGUUGCACUUAACCAGUUUGUUCAUUCAGAAGUGUUUACUGUGUUUCAUUGCAUCUUUUCCCCCUAUUUCAUUUGUCUGUUUUCUCUUGGUCAGAGGAGCAGACCUUUAUUCCCUUAACGUGGUAGAAAAUGUGCCAUCCUCCUCAUGAGACUGUUUCUGCCUCUCACUGACUGAACCGUUUGGCUUUGUAUCAGCAACGAUGGCGUUUGUGCCAUGACCUUUAUGCCUGUUUGUUCUCGGAAACUGGACCAAUUGAGAAAGGACUUUUAUUUCGGAGGAGCAGUGUCAACACCUGAGGGGGAUGUACUGUCCUCGAGAAACAGGAGCAGACCCUGUGCGAGGUUUGCAAAGAUGGAGUCGGGAGGAUUCUGUGGAUUGCUCGUGUCUCUCUGGCUUUAACUUUAAAGGACUAGACCGUCAGAGGUUCAUCACAGCGGGCCAGUAAAACGCAGACAGGAGAAGCGGUUGAAGAUGAGAGGAGUAUUGUCAUUGUGAGACCCCCCCUCUAAUAGACACUGAAAAUGAGGAAAAGGGAGAUCUUCUCCCAUUUGGAUGAAGAAUUUAAAGGAAAGUUUUGGGUGGUGUUUCACCUCCUUUUUCAUUUGGAUGCUGUCUUUACUUCUUGUUUGCCUUUUAUCGUGGAAUUCAGUAAUAUCAUUAAAUAAUGAAAUUUAAAUAUAUCAAUUUUUAUCUUGUGUAUAGGUAUUUGUUCAACUUCAGUGUGGGUGAGUUUGUGUGCGCGAGUGUGUCUGAGGGUGUGUGAUGCACGUGGCAUACUGUAUGAGGACUAGUGAGGGCAUGUGAUUUUAAAAAAAGGUGGUGCACUGGGAGUGUUGAUGGGCUGCGGUUUCUUCAGAAACAGUCGGAAACCUUUUGAUUCCUUCCAUUGAGUGUCCUUUGGUUUGUGUUUAUGUCAAUCAGUGUCACUGCUAUGAAGUUUAGCUCAGUAUGAAUAAAUGUAAAAAAAACUUAAAAUACAAUGUGGUCUACAUAAAAGCUUGUAUUAUAAAUUAAUAAAUCUUUAAAUAAGGCAAA